AUCGACGGUUUCUGGUUUCUGGAGAGUCAGCCGUGUUCGCUGCAUUCGUAGCGCGUGGAAUCAAUGUGUCAAUGGACCUGCCAACUUUCAAAGAGCAAUGCGAACGUUUUUUGUCCGUAUCUGACAGGAUCAAAGAUGGCUGGACAAUAAUUCAAGCAAAUUCUCUUUCUACCUGUGAUUUUUAUUUGAAAAAACGCAUCAGCCGCAUUUUAAAUGUUGAAACCAGUAAUUCAAAUCCUGAAGAGUGCGAACCCGGAAAUGAACCAGAAAUUACAGAUUUUGAGGAUCCAAGCUCCGAAGAUACGUCAAAUUUUCCCGAGACGGUUACUUGGGAAUACCACGUGAUAUUCAGUGAAAGCUACGGUGUGCCAGUGCUAUAUUUUAACUGUUGGAAAAACGAUGGGUCCAUUUUACGGUAUGAAGAAAUAUUAUCUUGGCUACAUUCUGAAAUGAAAUCUCAGCUAAUUGAAAAUCGCUGGCAAAGUAUCACUCAACAGGAGCAUCCUGUUCUCGGUAGGCCUUUCUACAUGCUGCAUCCGUGUAAAACCGCUGAAUAUCUAAAUCUAAUCCAGAAAGAAUCAAGUGUAAAUCCUCUGGUAUCGUGGCUCUCGAGUUUCGGAGGAGCAAUUGGGCUGAACAUACCCCUGAAUUACGGAGUGAGUCCCCUCGUUGGAGAGCAGUAGGUAUGCAGCAAAGUCAUAAAUGAAUCGGGAUUAAAAAUUAGAAAUUUUGAAAAAAUCCAUCGAGUAUGUUGCAACUUUCUACGAUUUUCUUAUCCACUCGAUAUUUCUGUCUAAUUAUUUUAAUUUAAUGAAAAUAAAUUACUUACAGAAACCUCUUCGACGUUGAUGCAGGAUGCACGACUCACAAUGUACUUGUGAAUCAGUCUCUGUGAUAUCAUGUAUUUUUAGAAUUAUACUUUGGCAUAUUAUUA